AGGCGGGGAGGGGACCCCCGCGCCCCCCCUCCUUUCGGGAUAGGCGCAAAGUCACCUCCAUCUCUCUGUCGGCUAGGGAGCGUGGAAUAAAAAGAAAAAAAAAACCAAACCAAAAGCCCCAAACCAUCCUGAGGCAUGGCACACCUGAAAAGGGUGUGAGAGGCCUCUUUUCGGAAGGUAAAAUCGCUUAAAAGCGCCGUAAGGCACUCAACAGUAGCUCCUGCUGGCAGAGAAACGCAAACGGAGUUUCGAUUAUUGGGGAAAUUUUUCAGAGAGGGGCUGAUUUGCACAGGAGAGAAGAGCUGUUGACCGGGCUACCGGGUGCCGUUUGGUUAUAACUUUCUUUUCCUAGAUGCUUGUUGAGUCUGAAGAGUGCUUGAUUGUCCCAUAGGAAUGAGGUAAAGGGCGGGGGACGAACGGACGGACCCGACCCGACCCGGACCCGACCUUCUGUCUGAAUCCGUUGAAAGGAAGAGGAAACCAAAGUGACUCAAGUAGCGGGGUGGGAAGGGGGGGACGACUAGCUGAAAAAGUCCAGUUCUCUACAGUAUUUUGGUAAAUUGUCUUUAGUUACACUAGGUUUGGGAAGCAGAGUGGGGGUGUAGCUACGCUACGCAUUUGUGUAUUUCAGUUGACGGAAUCACGUGAAUCGUUGUGGUGUUCUGGACCCGGCUUGUCAGUGUAAGGCGAGCAUAGUUUUUACAUGACAGGGAGGUUCUUGGCAGGAGCAGGUGAUGUUUAGAGCAUUUUCUGCCCCUUUGCUGGUUUUGUAUCUUGGAUCGUUUUGUUUUCCAGGACUAGUAGUUGAGUGGGAGGUUGGUCUAGCUGGCACUUCGACGGCUCUUGCAGACCUAAUUCUCCAAUUCAGUUUGGCCGUACCAAAGACUUUUAUGUUAUUGCUGUUAGCACAACAGCCAACUGUAAUUUACUCCUACCAGUGGUGUAGCUGUAUCCUCAGGCCUUAGAAGCUGGGAAUGUCAUUCUCGGCCUCAUGCUCAGCUGUGACUCUGGGUUGCUUUUGAAUACUUUGGUUUUGGUAAACACAUAACAGGAGGAUGUGACUCAAAUUUCCAGUACAGAAAUUGAAUUAAAAUUAUCUCUGCCUCACAGAAAUAAUUCCGAAUUUAAGUGAAAUUACGUAUCUUGGUAGUUAAAAAUAAUUUAAUUGGAAAUGUCCAUAUGAGUAAGGCAAUAACACACUUUCAGCCGAGUCCAAAUGAAAGUUCAUGUCUUCUGGAGGCAUAUGGACUUAACUUCAUUCUUUGUGUGUAGUUCUGAUUUCAUUCUGCUACAAGGUUGCAGUUCAAGAUGAAAGGGUGGAGGAUUAUGGUUCAAAGAAUUUUUCUCACAAAACUUUCAAGAAGCUAAGCUGGUGUGCUUUAUAUAGAGGAUCAGUUUAUUUUUCUCGUUGUUCCUUCCUUUUUCUUCUUAAAUGUAAUUUUAAACCAGUGCAGCUAUUGCAAUGAACAUGACCUUCUCAGUAGCACGUAUGUAAUGUUGGAGAUAUUAACUGGUCAAAUUUCCAAACUGAGGUUGCAAAGUAAAAUUGCAGCAGUUGUGCCUUACUCUCUUUGAUGGCUAGUUUCCAACUCUGAGCUGCUGUAUGCUGGCACAAGAGUUUACAAAACUGCAGUAAGACUUGACCUGAUAAAAUUUGCUGCGGCCAAAAGGGGCAGUAUCCCUUGUCCUGGCUUUAUGACCUAGAGUCCUUAUGACUGUGCUCAGCCGACCUGGACUUGCUAAACCAACAGAAAUCAAAUCCAGCAAAAUCUAUACAGGUCUCUUAUACAGGGUUAGCAAGUUAAACGAGCUUUGUGGUAGGCCUGGUGAGUGCUAAAACAAGAUGGAGGGCAGAACUGCUCUGGGUGAGGAGAAGGAAGAGGGAAGAAAAACACAGACCUCUUUCCCUUGGCAGUAAAUUCCCCUUUUUUUUUUUUUCUGAACUUUUAUUUUGGGGAGAAGAGUUAUUUUUAGCUUGGAUCAGUUACCUGAUCAAAUUCACAGUACUCAUACCUGAGGGGAAUAUUCUGUUAAAAGAAGGUAGUUUAGUAUAGCUGUCAGAACUCUGGUCCAGCUGUGACUUUUACGGUUCUUUCAGAAGCAGUUCAUUUUGAGGAUCCUUGUUCUCACUCCGUAUCUCAUUAUUUCUGUAGCUGAAGUUUACCACAGCAUUCAGCUAUUCAUUUGAUUUAAAUUGGACUUAAAUGGUUUGGCUGGUUUUGAUGGGUUUGGGAGCUGGUUGUUCAUUAAAUUUUGUAGAUCCAUGUAUUAAGGUGGUGAUCACCUGUGCUGGAAAUGAAUGGCUGAUAAUGAAACUUCAAGAAGAAGACAAGGGUCCUCUUAAACUGCAACAUGCUAAAGAGAGUGAACGAAUAUGCAUGAACGAGUGAACAGAACAGAGAGGCAGUUUAAAUCUCUCCCAGCUAACCAACAGAGUCUUCUUCCUCAAUUCCUUCCUCACCUUGACAAGAUUCGGAAGUGCAUUGAUCAUAAUCAAGAGAUACUACAUACCAUUGUGAAUGACUGCGUUCAUAUGUUUGAAAAUAAAGAAUAUGGAGAAGACGAAAUAAGGAAGAUUACACCGGCUUCAACAUUUGACAUGGAUAAAUUAAAGUCCACUUUGAAACAAUUUGUGAGAGACUGGAGCGAAGAGGGAAAGCCUGAGAGAGAUUCCUGCUACCAGCCAAUCAUUAGUGAAAUCGUAAAGAACUUCCCAAAAGAAAGAUGGGAUUUCUCCAAAGUUAAUAUCCUGGUACCUGGUGCUGGGCUAGGUAGAUUGGCGUGGGAAAUAGCUAUGCUCGGUUAUGCUUGCCAAGGAAAUGAAUGGAGCCUCUUUAUGCUCUUUUCUUCUAACUUUGUACUCAACAGAUGCUCUGAAAUUAACUCAUGUAAGCUUUAUCCCUGGAUUCAUCAGUUUAGCAAUAACAGAAGAUCUGCUGAUCAGAUACGCCCAAUUUAUUUCCCUGAUGUUGAUCCUCACAGUCUUCCCUCUGGUUCAAACUUCUCUAUGACAGCAGGGGAUUUUCAAGAAAUUUAUUCUGAGUGCAAUACAUGGGACUGCAUAGCAACUUGCUUUUUCAUAGAUACAGCACAUAACGUUAUUGAUUACAUUGAUACUAUAUGGAAAAUACUAAAGCCUGGAGGAAUAUGGAUAAAUGUAGGUCCUCUCCUUUACCACUUUGAAAACUUGGGAAAUGAACUUUCUAUAGAAUUAAGCUACGAGGAUAUAAAAAAUGUUAUACUGCAAUAUGGAUUCCAUAUAGAGGUGGAGAAAGAAUCUGUACUGUCAACUUACACUGUGAACGAACUCUCCAUGAUGAAAUACUACUAUGAAUGCGUGUUGUUUGUGGUGAGAAAACCAAAAUAGAAGUGGUCUGAUAGGCUAAUCAGGAAAAAAUGUUGGCUUGAAAGAUAGAAAUGAGAAUGAAAUGGACUGGGCGAUGUCUGGACACAACCUCAAAUCAGUGGUGCCUUCUUAUUCCUAGUAGGAUUUAGAUAGUGUCUAUUUUCUUAAUAUCUCUAUUGCUAUCCAGACAUGUACUAUGCCAUGCAUAUUUGUAAUAUACUUGUGAAAGUGGAGGAGGAAAUUUUCACAUACACUGUCUUUUUGCGUUGGAACGCAUUAAAAAUAACAGCAGAAAGGUAUUCCUGAGAAUAAAAUUUAAUGUUUGCCAUAAGCAGGCUAAUUAUCCGCAUAUGCUGCCUCAUUUUUCAUAGGUUUAUAAUGAUCUUCUUUUUUCUACUUUCUGAUGUUAGGAAUGCAUAGAGGUGCUUACUGUACUAGCUGUGUCACAUUUAGAGAAGUGUUUCUAAACAUAUACUUAAAUUAUGAAGUCUGAAAUCAUUGGAAAGUGAUAAAAUUACUCUUUAUAGAUACAGUAGCCAUCAGAACAGCAGCUUCUGUGGAACUGAAACAAAGCAUAAUCAAACAAAUUCUAAUCUUUAUACCGCUGUUAACAAUGUAAUCAAAGCGCAGAACCUAUAGGCAAUUUGAAAUACUAUGUGAAAGCAGAGUACUGGCGAAGAAAAAGCAUCAUGUCACAGGGAAGCAGUAUUUUUAACCUCAGUUCGGGAGUAACACCAAUUUUGAUCAAUCUGUUAGUGUUGCAGCGGAAAUACUAGAUGGUUUGCUGUCUUACAAGUACAUUGAUUUUGAGGCACCUACUUAACUGCUUAAGCCAAAAGAGUGAAGCAGUAUUUUGUUAAACAUGAUCAACAGAAAGUUUUUUGUUAUACCUUGAGCUCUUUUCGUUUUUUUAAGUUGGUAACAUAGAUAAGUUAUCCAUGCAACAGAAAAAAAUCUUUUUGCUUCUCAAAGGGGAUAAAAAAAGUUACAUGGAAGUAUUAUGUGUUAUAACCUAAUUAUCUCUACUUGAGACAGCCUAUGCUGGCCUGUUGGUAGGCAAUUUCCUUGUAACUUCAGGCACUUCAGCCUUGUGACUUAGUGACUUCUUGGUUCAUUAUCCUAAUAGUUUUUCCUGGCAGAUGUGGCUUAGGUGAAUAUUUAAUCUACAAACCGUGAUACUAUACAAGAGGUUGAAUCUUCUGUCACUUACGAAUUAUGUACAUGAGAGAGAACAUUAAUUAGUAAUUACCACUGUGCUGAGAGAGGAGAUGUCAUGUUAACCAUUUCAUUUUCUUAAUAUAUUGGUUACCUUAAGUACCAUUUUCAUCCAUUUUCAGAAUUUUCUUUAUAAAAACAUUAUGAUAAGGAAUCGAGGGGUUUUUCUCAUUUACUCAUAAUGGCAUGGGACAGUAGCUUGUUUGUUUCCCAUUAUUUCUGGUCCCUUUUUUCCUGGUGAUGUCCUAAUAGCAUCUCUCUAAUAGAUUUGUUACUGGCUUUUGGAUUUUUCCCAUUAAGGCUGGAAAUUUGCUCCUUUGUUCCUAAAUUGAAAGUCAGCAAGGAGGGAAACCACACACUUCUUGGGUUUUGUUUUGGGGUUUUUUUUAAUAGCUUCAGUACUGCACAAGAGAGCAUGUAUCUGGGUAUGUUCAGUACUGUGCCCCUUUCUGCUCAGAAUCCUUUUUGAGAAUAAAGGCUUCUGGUCUGCAGAAGUUUUCAGUUAGAGCUUUGCUUAAGCUGGUCUUAACUGAACCUUCUUCCUCAAAGUCACACCACCACGAUUUAGAUUUAGGUCCACAAAAGAACUGUCAAAGUUCUACCCGUGGCAAGAAAAAUGGGUUUAAAGCUGAAACACUGCCAUUGCAACAACUAGACUAAAAAUAAAAGCCCUUGCACACCUAAAAAGAUUUUUUAAAAGUUCCUUUCAUUUCCUUAUUGUACUAUUUCUUUUUUUGAGGGACUUAGUGAUUCCUUGCUGUCCUU